AUGCGCUACAGAAAUUGGGAUGUCCUUCUUUUCCCCGGAGGCUCAAAGGUCCCUAUCCAAGAGUUCAAGACACAAUGCUUUGUAACUAAAGAUAAAGACUCGCCUUAUCUACACAAUGCAGUCUUUCUUGGCCCUCAUGCACACCUUCCCGAGCAAGGUGUCUUCAAUCAGCUGCCAGUCCUCACAACGUUCAUCCCGAGUCUGCCCAAAGGCAAUCCGUUCCAUCUCUCGGUUCAUAGUUGGGAGAAACCACGCCCCAGCGUCCAGAUCGAGUCCAACAUGGAGCCAGAGGAUGUUUUACUCUUCGAAGUACGGCUCUUCAUUGAUGGAGUUGUUGUCGCGGGGAGCAUCUAUGGACAGAGAACUAGUUGGCCACAGAUUAUAGAUCUGAGUUCUAAUCUCGACCGAGAUGGAAACCAAGACGCCCUUCGAUUCCCUCCCUUUCAUUCUGAAAUACUACAGCAGAAGCAUUGGGAUGCCGGAGAUUCUCAGGGUAGAAUCAAGGUUGUCAUUGCGGAAGGUUUCUCUCGCCCUAAUCGCACGCCCCCGUUCGAGCGAUACAAGCAUGUCAUUGUUUUCUCCUUCCAGCAUGCACCACUGGACGUGCUGGAAUUCUCCGACAUUGCUUGGCCCAAUCCCAACAUGUGGAUUUCGAUGCCCAAUGGAUCCCGGUACGGAUCGGCAGCGAGAUAUGGUACAUCGAAGGUAGUUGGCGAUGGCGCCCAUGGACAUUCACCAAGCAAAACUGACAGACCCGAACACCGAAUUCCAGUCACGGCUAAUACAAGUAGUCAAUCCAGCAGCAAUGCUGCUACUUACAGCGGUAGUACCCCAUCCACUUACAAUGCUUGGACCCCUCACCGUGGGUUUCCCAUUCCUUCCACGCAGUGGAACGGGUAUCCACAAGAACCUCGAUGGGAUCCACAGGAUACGUACAGCGUGGAACCUGGCAUGGAUGCUUUUAUUGAUGAUACAGCAUGGCGACAGCGUGGUGCUCGCUCCUCUCGCGAGGACGUCCCAAUGCCAGAUUAUGUUUCCACAGGAUCGACAAACAGCCGGGCUAUCUCCAGCGUGACUGGGAUGAGCUACGAGCACAGCAAGCAGCCCAGUGUCAAUUCCUGUCUUGACGAUGAGCAAUACAACGAGCUGAUCCAAGCUUUGACUCCAACGAAGGCACCUCCAGUGGGUACUCGCGCGCCCUCCAACACUCCCUCCACUGCGACCACCGCGACGUCUGCCCCAAAGCCUUCUGCUGCAGCCGAAGCUCGAUCUGUAAGCUACAAGUCUCGAACCCGCCGUUCAUCUGCACUCAGGGAGGUAUCACAAUCAAGCACUCGCGAUGUUUCGGGAUCGAGCGAGCCCAAGGAAUUGAGUCCAUCCAAGCUUGGCGCGAGUCCAAGCGAAAGAGUCCGGAGCAAAAAGGAGAAUCAGAAAGAGGCCAACCAGGAGACUCCCAAAGUAAAGUCUAACGGUAAGGACAUUGGAAAGGAAAACUGCAACUCCAAGGACGUCGAAAUCGUGCUGGAUGAAAAUGAGUCGGAUCUGUAG